GGUUAUCGUCCAGCACAGUUAAGUUAUGCGGGCGACCCAGUCUACAGAAAGGCGUGGAAGCAGUAUGUCAAGUUCCGGCAUCUGUUGAACAGCAAGCCGAAGAUUCUGGGGGCGGAUAAACUGAAGCUGAAGGAGCAGGAGGAGAAACUGAGGGAGAUCAGGAUGAAGAAGACAAUGAAAAGAGAGGUGACUGUAGAGCUGAGCAGUAAAGGUUUCCUCUGCACUGGCCUGCGAGCAGACUUGUGCCAGCAUGCUCUCAUGGUGCCUGUGUUGAUGAGCCACCUGCGCUUCCACGUUUGUCUAGAUGUGCUGGAGGAAGAUCUGGACUAUAGGUUUCAGGACAGAAAUCUUUUGCAGCUGUCACUGACCCACACAUCCUACCGUACAAAUUAUGGUACCAACCCAGAUCACACCCGCAACUCUCUGACCAACUGUGGCAUGAGGCAGGUGGAGUAUGGGGACCGCCGCAUCCAUUACCAGAACACACGCAAGCGUGGGAUUUGUAUUUUGGUGGACAUCAUGUCUCGCUUUGGCAAGCAAGAAGAAACCAGCUCAGAGAUACCUCACAAUGAGAGGCUGGAGUUUCUGGGUGAUGCUGUCAUUGAGUUCCUGAGCAGUGUCCACUUGUUCUACAUGUUUCCGUGGUUGGAAGAAGGGGGUCUGACAACAUUCAGGAUGGCCUUGGUUCAGAACCAGCACCUGGCGAUCCUGGCCAAGAAACUGAAGCUUCAGGAGUUCAUGCUGUACGUCCAUGGCCCUGACCUCUGCCAUGAGUCCGAUCUGCGACACGCUAUGGCCAACUGCUGCGAGGCCAUUAUGGGAGCUUUAUUCUUAGACGGAGGUUUGGAAGUAGCUGACAGAAUAUUUGCCAGAACGUUGUUUGGUGAAGACGAUAUCCUGCUGCAGACCUGGAACGAUGUGCCCAAGCAUGUACUACAGCAGGAGGAGCCUGGGGGAGACAGACACUGGGUCAAGUCUAGUCCCAUACUGCAGAAAAUGGAGAAAUUUGAGGAAAGGAUCGGUAUCAAAUUUAACCACAUUCGAAUCCUGGCCAAGGCAUUCACACACAGAAAUAUUGGCUUGAACCCUUUAACACGGGGACACAACCAGCGUCUAGAGUUUCUUGGGGAUACAGUUUUACAGCUGGUGGCCUCCGAGUAUCUGUAUAAGCAUUACCCAGAGCAUCAUGAAGGUCAUUUGUCCUUGCUGCGGUCAUCUCUGGUCAACAGCCGGACUCAGGGUCUGGUCUACGAUGACCUGGGAAUGUCCGAGUUUGUUAUCUGUAAUGAGAGUGCUGCCAGCGAGGGUCUCGACAUGAAAACCAAACAAAGGGCUGAUAUACUGGAGUCCUUCGUUGGUGCUCUGUUUGUGGACAAAGAUUUGGAUUACUGCCGCACCUUCUGUAAUGUUUGCUUCUUUCCACGCUUGAAGGAUUUCAUCAUGAACCAGGACUGGAAUGAUCCCAAGUCCCAGCUGCAGCAGUGCUGUCUCACCUUGAGGGAGGUGGGAGGAGGUGAACCAGACAUUCCUGUCUACAAGGUGAUCAAAUCAAUCGGUCCCACCAACACUCGCAAGUAUGUGGUUGCUGUGUACUUCCGUGGUAAGCGUCUAGCCAGAGGAACUGGCCACAGCAUACAGCAAGCGGAAAUGGCUGCAGCCACACAGGCGUUGAAAAAACGAGCAGAGCUGUUCCCGAUCUUACAACACCAGCGUCGAUUUUUAGAACGUAUGAGGAAUGAUGACUCAGACAGAGGCAGCGACAGAGAAGAGGUACCUCUGGCCAGAAUAUUGAAACCGUCCAGGUCACAUCUGCGCCGCCGUCUGCCAGUCAGGCAUAGAAACAAACACGACUAA